AUGAGUGAGGAAAAAGAGCUCGAUAUUCGAGUGGUUCGACCGAUUAUUGAGAAUUUCUUCGAUUUUGACGUUGUACAAGGGGAUUUGUUGAAGUGAGUUUUUUUAUGAACUUAUAUGCAAACCUUUGGUUUCUCGUAUUUUACAAUCUUAAGAAAUUUCGCAUUGUGCAUUGUCCAAAAAUCAGCUGUUUUCAAUUUACUGAACAAGAAAAUAUAUGCCUUAUAUUUUUGUGUUAUUUUUAGUUUGUCAAAUAUAAUAUUUCCACACCGUGCAAAAGUCAGUCUUUGUUUUUUGCACUGUGAUUAAUCAAAAAAUUGCUUUCUUCACUGCACAGCGCAAGCAAAAACUCUGUCUCUCUCUCUCUCUGUCUCUCUCCCGGAAAUGGACUGUCCAGUUUACCUUGAAAUUGUACCGUUUCACUUUUCAGGAAAGCCCCAGUUCACAUUGGUGGAAACUUUCAGUCAGUUCGACUGUUUGGUGGCCAAACUGUUGCUCAAUGUUACUCCGCUGCCAAAAAGAUUUACCCCGACAAAUGCCCAGAACUUUUGGAUACAAAUUUCAUUGCUCCAGGAAGUGUGACAAAAGAUUUGUUUUACCGGCACAGGGAGCUGUCGCAUGACUUGAUUCAGAUCAACGUUGAGCAAAACGGAAAUGUCAUCGCAAACGCUACGAUCAGGGUACAUUUUCGUUUCUUGCUCUCAGCUGCGUUACACAAUGAAUUGGCAUUUUUAGGCUCUAAAAUCUUUGAAAUCAAAUAUAUUUUUUUUAGAUGAAACCUCGGCCAGAUCCUGAUCGAAAUCCCCCUUAUAACGCGACCUUUCCCGCUCAUGUAAAAGAUCCGUUUAACUACAAAAAUGUCAACGCUUAUUUAACGAAUCUACCGCAAAAAGAAUGGCGUCGUCAAUCGGGACGAGACGAAAGAUUCGAGACUAAGGAGGAUGUCUAUUUAUUCGAUUGGAGACCAAUUAAUAUUCAGAAAUAUUUGGGGAUCAGUGGCGAAAGGGAGGUGACCUAUGUGUGGGCUCGACUUGCCGAUAGUGUAAGAGGUAAGGGUAGAGAAUAAGUAUCGAUCUUGACAAGAGUGUCUAUGCAUUCUGGGAACUGAAAGCCAUCAUUUUACAACUAUUUUUCAGACCUUCCAAUUGCGGACCCUUUAGCAAUUCCAAUACUAAUGUCCGACUGGAUUAUUGGCCAUCCCAUUCACAUUUAUCACCGACAACUUCAAGUCAAACUGACCACCAGCGCUUCAAUGACGCAUAAACUAAUUUUUCAUCAAGAUGAUGUCAAUGUAAGGAAAACAUCACAAGUAAAAAUAUGUAUAUAAGUCGCUUUGUAACCUUACUUUUUACAGCCCCAUGGGUUCUUCCUCAUGCAGCUGGACAUGGAUGUGGUAAAAGACGGCACUGGCCUAGUGAGGGGCGAGAUUUUUGACGAAAACCACAAUAUUGUUUUGUCUUUUAUGCAGAACCAUUACUACGUGACGGAUGAAAAAGCCCUAGCCGAGUACAAUGCCCAGAAAUCCCGAUUAUAA